AUGGAGGGAGCGGCCAAGGGGCACGAAUAUGACGAUAGCGCAACAGAUGGGGGAUUCCUUGACGGAGGCGCCGCUGAAGAAGAAAGCCCCGCCAGUGGCAAUUCUGAACAGACUGGAAAGAGCAAAAGAGAGCGAGACAUCCACUCCUUCAUAGAGAACCAGUACAAGUACAACAUUUUCAGCUACGUCCACUUUUACCAACAAUUAGUGAAAAAAAUAAAGAGGGAAAAUUCCAGCGAGCUCUUUGCCCAUUCUGCACAUAAAAAGGAAGUACACAUCAGGGAGAAGUUCCCAAAAAGUACAUUAAAAAUCGGGCACGAGAAAAAAGACAGGAACGAGUUUUUCCCUAAUCGUAGGAAGAGCAAACUCCCAGGUGGCACGUCUGCACAGAAUGGCCCAAUUGACGAACCACCCAGUGAGGAGCGCGAAAAGGAACAAACUGAUAACUUUCUCAUUAAAAAAAUUCACAACAAGUUUGAACAUUUGGAAAUGGAGAAGAUGCUGAUGGAACCUCUUGGCAAAAUUAAAUGGGUAAAUGAAAUUUCGAAUGAAGAAACCGUGGAGGGCACCUUUUCCCCCCCAAAUGAGGAAACCACGCGUGAUACAGAGAAAGGUAGAUUGGAGACAUAUGAGGGAAGUGUAACUCGUGAUGGUAGUGGAUGCAGCAAUAACUUGGUGAAUGUCAGUGGCCGAGGAGUUAUUCACGAAACGGAUUUGCUGGAAAAGAGGGAGGAACUGUCCAAUAAUGAGGAUCGUGUCAUGUGUAGUGACUCAAUUUUGAGGAGCACACUGGGUGAUAAGUUACGGGACCCGGCCACUGCUGAGGAUGGCAUUUGCGUGAUGGGAGAGAAGGAAGAAGGAAAUGAGGCAUACGUCGUGGGGAAGGGGGGGCACAUCCUCGGGAAGGAAAACGUCGGUGGCAUUGCGGCUGAAGGCAAACUCGCUAACGACGAGUUCAGCCAGCAGAGUAUGGAAACUCCCACCGUGGUGAGCAACAUGGAAAGCGAGGACUCCAUGGGAGAGGGCGACGGCGCGGGCGAUGGACGGAGCGACGGGAACUGCUCGCGCGAACCCCGUGUUGACGUCACCCAGUUAAGAAGUGAGACGGUGGGGCAACCCCUCGGGGGGGAGCGCAGCGCGAGCGGAGGUAGUAAUGGCAUCAAUGGCAGCAGUGGUGGCGCGUUCCGGAGGAGGGAAAAGACCAACGCGAUGGAGGUAAAUAAUCACGGCUGUAAGGACACUCUCAGAAGUGGAAGCGGUGUGAGCGGUGUUAGCGGUGUUAGCGGUGUGAGCGGUGGCUCCGAUAGCAGGCAUUCUCUGAGAGGGAGUCGAGAGAUAAAGACAACUGCACAUCGCACGAAGAAGGUUAACCACAAAGCGGGUAAAGGUAAUAGUAACCCAUUCUUGAAGCAAACGAGUGAUGAUCAGCUGAGUAAAGAAAUAGAAAGUCUGCUUCCAAGAUGGUUAAGGAAGAAGAAAAAAAAAAGGUGCCUGUCAUGUGCACAGAACUGUGUAUACUGGGACGUAUUUGAAUUAAAUUUUUUUUUUGUCGGAGUUCCAAAAAAGGCGAUAGAAAUUUUUGUACGAAAUGAGAUAGACGGGUACUGCCUAAAAUAUAUGGAAGAGAAAUUAUUAAAACGUAUGGGCCUACACGAUAGGGUAGUAAAAAAGUACGUCAUCCUGUGUGUGCACUUUCUUUUACGACUGAGGGAAAAGUAUAAGUAUAGAAAAAGGAGCAACAGAGUAAAUGGCAACGUCCAAGAGGAAGCAUUCCUUCUCAAGAAAAACAAAUUACACUACCUAAAUUUAAUAGGCAGGGGGGGGUAUAGCAAUGUGUACAGAUGCAUAUAUGGAGAUAAAUUAUUGACAUUCAAUGAUGAUUAUUUUUGCAUGCAAUAUUCAGCUAACAAUAUAGCGUUAAAAAUAUGUAAUAAUAAUAAGUAUAGUUACGAGUUUUGCUCCGAAAUGGAUAUUUUGUCGACCUUAAGGCACCCUAACGUUUCCCUUUUUCUAGGUGCACUAAAAUCCCCCCAAGGAAUAGCUCUAGAAUAUAUAAACUGUGGAAGCAUAUUUGACCUAAUACAUAAGCAUAAGGUAAAAAUAAAAUUAAGAGACAUCAUGAAAAUGGGCAAAGAUAUUGCUGCCUUUAUGUGCUUUCUACACUAUAAGGGUAUUCUACAUUGCGAUUUAAAAUCAUCAAACAUUUUGCUAUCCAUGUCGGGGCAAAUCAAAAUUUGUGACUUUGGAUUAUCUGUACAGAACUUUACUCAAAAGCCGAGGUUUCUUGGAAUCGUUGGUACCUACCAGUGGACAGCUCCAGAAAUUUUAAGAGGUGAAGGAUACACUCCACAGGCAGACGUAUAUUCCUUUGGAGUCAUUUUGUGGGAAAUGCUACAUAGGGAGAUCCCCUUUCGGGAACUGAAACACCCCUUGGACAUUAUUGCAUGCGUUGGCUAUGCCAGAAAGCAGCUGGCCAUCAGCAGAGCCAUCCCACCCCCCGUGAGGUACAUUCUGAAGAG